CGCAUCAGAGCCAGACUGUUGUCAAGAGAAACGUUGCUAAUCUCCACACACGGCUUGUAGCUUCAAAGUGAAGCUAAGUUUGGGUUUAUCUUUGUCUGGCAGUAUUGUCUCUGCGACAGUACGAAAAUGUUUGGGUAUAUCUGGCAGUACGUCUACACAUCCUUUCUGAGAUACUGGCUGAAGUGGCUCGUCAGACAGGUGACAGGGAAAUGUGAACUACAGAGAAUAUGCUCUGGAUACAAGCAAGGGGCAACAAGGACAACAAAAGCAGAAUACUCCAUUCGGUCAUCUAAGAACAAGAUUUUAAGAGGAGCUUUGGAAACCAGCAAGGAUAAAUUAGAACAACGUGUGGAUCAAAUUAUGAAAGAGAAGAAUGUCAAGCCCCAGAAAGAUCCCCUGUUCAAGGAGAGCCUGCACGUCUGUCUGCUACAAAUAACAGGAUACAGCAGUCUGUAUAUAACUGUGGAAGACUUGAGGAAGGAAGUCUUCAGCUCGGAGAACGCAGAACAUGAGGCCAUGCUUUUGAAGCUGUGGGACCUGUUGAUGCCAACAGUCAAACUGGAAUCGAGGAUAACCAAACAGUGGGGCGAUAUUGGAUUCCAAGGGGAUGACCCCAAGACUGACUUCAGAGGGAUGGGCUUGCUGGGACUAAUCAACCUUGUUUUCUUCAGUGAAAACUACACAGAAGAGGCUCGUCAGGUGUUGUCACAUGCAAACCAUCCUAAACUGGGGUAUUCAUAUGCCAUAGUUGGGAUCAACUUGACAGAGAUGGCCUACAGCCUCCUGAAGAGUGGUGCUUUGAAACCACAUCUCUACAAUGCAGUCCAGAGCACUCCUGAGCUCCAGCACUUUCAUCAGCUGUACUGUUACCUGGCGUAUGAAUUUGAUAAGUUCUGGGUGGCAGAGGAACCAGAGAGCAUCAUGCAGUUCAAUCAGUACAGAGAAAAAUUCCAUAAUAUAGUCCAGACACAUCUACAGGACCCUGAUGUGUCCCUCACAUUGACUGUCCGUUCUAAAAACUAACAUAAAUAAAGGAUGAUAAAGGAUUAA